AUGAGCGAAUCCGAAAUAAAAGAUCAAAUUGUUGAAUUUUUAAUAGCUGGUAGUGAUAUAAAUGCGUUUGCUAUCUUGAUGGCAAUUAUAAUGUUGCUCAAACAUCCUGAUAAAUUGAGAAAGUUACGAACUGAAUUGGAGUCAACGUUUCCCGAAUUCCAAAAUCGUGUAAAAUCGCGUGAACACGAAAAUAAUCUAUUCUUGCCAUCAUAUGAAUCUUUAAAACAUCUUAAAUAUUUGGGUGCUGUAGUAGAUGAAACAUUACGUCUAUAUCCAUCAUCUUUAGGUGGCAUAGCUCGACAAACUACUGAAGAUACAAUAAUUUCCAACUAUUUAAUUCCCAAAGGCACAAUGGUUUCUGCAUCAAUAUGGAACCUUCAUCGAUCAAAACAAUUUUGGGGUCCUGACGCUGAUGAGUUUGUACCAGAAAGAUGGUUUAACCUGGAUGCGAAUAUACGAAGCGAUGCCUAUUUCCCUUUUGGUAGCGGACCCCGUUUAUGCAUAGGAAAUAAUUUUGCAACGAUGGAAAUUAAAAUUAUUGUAUGCGCAUUAUUAGGAAAUUUUGAGUUUUUCUUUACAGAACGCAGUGAUUAUCAAGUUGUUCAGAUUGUUAUUCCGUCGUUGAAGAAUAAUACAUUUGAAGUUGGUGUUACCAGGUUGUAA